UAAGCGUAUAGUGUUUACUUCACUGUUUAGCUUUAGCCCGUUAUAAUUACAGAUACAGAUAAUAAAUUAGUUUAUUAUCUAAUAUCUCUAUCUAUGGUUAAUGUGGGCUAUUAAAUAUAAUAAUAUAAAUAGGAAGUUAUCUAAUAAUCUAAUACCAUGACGUAUACAUUCUUAAAACCGAAUAACCGAUGGCGAUUUAUUUUUCGAGUUUUUCUUUGGAAACAAAAUAUUUUGAUUUUUGACACUUGUGGGUACACCGUACACGGUAAUAAUGUCGUGCGUCUCGUGCCUCAUUGUUGAAUACCCGUUAGCUGUUAAACUGUACACAUGUAUAAUGGAACGCCAAAGCGGACAACAAAUCUUAGUGGAUUGCUAAUUAUAAUUUGUUUUUGUGUUGAUUUAAAUAGACGGUGAAUACAUCAUCUCUGGUGUAAAUCAGUAUUAUAUACUAUAUGUGUUGUUAUUAAUUGUUUUUUUAUUUCUUAACAAAUAAUAGUCUAAACAUCUGAGCAUCGCGAAAUAUGGAUUACAAUAGUAUUGAUGAAGAUGAUGUUGAAAAUUUAAGGCUAGCUGCUCUUAUGACAUUGAAAAAAAAAUCAUAUUCACCAUUAAAUACGGAAAAUAGAAUACAAAAGUCAGAAAAAUGUUUUUCUUGUAGUAGUUCCUAUAGUACUUCUCCUAAAAAUAAUGAAGAAUGGAUUCCUACAUCAAAUAAAUUGUUCAGUAAAUGUGUAAAUUUAAAAAAAUCAGCUCAUCCCAAUAGUAAUUUGAUUUCUAUUAUACCAUCUGAUAUUGAUUGUGAUUUUCAAAGUAAUUUAACUAAUUCUACACUUACACUUACUUCUGAGGAUAAAAAGUCAUCAAAUAUUCCAAAUUUGAACAAUGAAGUAUCUACUAAAUUCAGUAGAUUAGAACAUAAAUCUGAUUCUCUAGAAAGCGAAGAUAGUGAAUCAGAAAAAAAUGAAAAAGAAGAAUCAUCUGAUUGUGAUAUUUUAUCGUUAGGAGAAAAAGAUAAAGAUUUAGAUGAUCUCGAAAAAUUAAUGGAUAUUAUAGAGACUGAAAUUGCUUGUAAAGAUGGGGAAUCAUCUAUAAAAGAAAGUUCAAAUUUAAAAACAAAUAAUAAUUUUGUAGUAAAAAAUUCUACUGAAUUGAAUGUUGACAAAAAUGAACCUAUUCGUUUAAAUCAACCAAAGACAAUUGAAGAUUUUAAAUCACAGUUAAAUCCACUUAAAGAAGGACUUAAAUCUGUGAUUGAUUUGAAAACGAAUACAAACUCUCCAUCUCAAAGUACUUCAUUAAAAUCAUGUGUUAUUUUAAAAUCUCCAAUGGCGUCUAAUAGAAAAACAUCAAAUUCUCCUUAUAUUAAAUAUUUAAAUAGAUGUUCUACUACAGUUGAUCAUUCAAAGCUUCAAAGUAGAUCUUCAUCUCCAAGAAGGUUAUCACCAAUAAAAGAAAAAAAUAUUUCUCCAGUACAAUAUUCUCCUAAAAAAUCUCAGAAUCGUCCAUCAUCUUUAAACAAAACACAUAGUUUUGUAUCAAAAGUUACAUUGCCUAACAGAAGACAAUUAUCUCCAGUUUCGAGAAAAAGUAGAUCUCCGCUCAAAAGAAAAUCAAGAUCACCAAUUAUUAGCACUUUUAAUAAAAAAUCUUAUAGCCCAAAAAAAAAAUUGAUUAAAUCAAGACUAAUAUCUCCUACUAUUCUACGUGUUGAUAAUAAUGAUAAUUUACAGAAAACAAUUAAAGUCAAACCUGUUGAAAAACAAGUGAAAUUAAAACAAUUUGAUUCUGCUUUGGAAGCUGUAGAUGAUAAAAAAUUAUGUAUAAAAAAUACUGAUUCAGUUGAUCUGAGAACAGAAAUAAAACGACGAAGAGCUCUUCGAUUAAAUAUGAAUCAAUUGGAUGUAAAGAAAAAAUCAGAAUCAUUUUAUCCUACUCGAUUAUUACAGUCUGCAAUUAAAGAUGUAGUUGAUUCAAGUGCCAAUGAAGAAAAAAAAGAUAAAUGUUCUUACAAACCAGAAAUUAAAGUACCAACUGAAGAUCAAUAUAAUGAUUAUGAUGGAGAAUCUUAUACAAGUAUAAAGAGACUAAAAAGCAAUUUCAAAAAAGUUCCAUUACAUUCGAAAGUAACAGGUGCUCAUAAUAAUAACACGAAACUAAAAGGAUUAAAGAUGAUCAUUAGGCAAAACAUUAAUGUUACAGAUAUUGAUCAGGUAUUUGAUGUCCUAAUCAUAUGCAAUUUUUUUUUUUUUACUUUUGUCAAGUUGAUGCAUUAUUACUAUGCUAUUCCUAUUUUACAUAAUCUGUGUAUUGCAUUUAAAGGGUUUACCUUUAACCAAUUCAGAUUAAACUACAGAAUAACAUAAGUAAUUUUAAAAGUUUUUUUAAAUACCAUUAAUGAGAUUUUUAAUUUAAUAGGUAGUUAUAAGUAAAUGGUGCAUAAUAGUCAUUAAAUUCAGUACUAUUAUA